CUGGAUUCUGAAAAGAGACGUUGCAGUAUCCCUCCUCAUUAGCAAGUCCAUGGGCUAGCUGGACGAAAUUGAGGAAAGUUUCGGACCCCGGCGGUGUCGAGCAGCUGGCAGUCCCUCCUUUAUCAGCACCCAUUCUCUCUCCAGCUUGUGUUGCGCUCAGUCACAAAGUUCAUGACGGUUGCUGACGGUGACACUUUAGCGCUCAUCAUGCCUGUCCGAGCAGAGUGCUGCAGUACCACCGGCUCGGCCUGCCCAUCCUCGGCCUCUCUUGUUCCCCCUGCCCCGAUCAACACCCACCAGCCGGGGGUGGCCACCUCGCUGCUGUACAGCGGCUCACAGUUUCGGGGUUAUCAGAAGAGCAAAGGCAACUCCUACGACGUGGAGGUUGUCUUGCAGCAUGUGACCGUGGAGGACUCAUAUUUGUGUGGAUACCUGAAGAUCAAAGGCCUGACUGAGGAGUAUCCCACUCUCACAACGUUCUUUGCUGGUGAAAUUAUCAGUCGAAAAAGGCCUUUUUUAACUAGGAAAUGGGACGCAGAUGAGGAUGUGGACAGAAAACACUGGGGCAAGUUUAAUCCUUUUUACAAAUAUGCCAAAAGCUUCAACUCGGAUGACUUUGACUAUGAAGCACUGGACAGCAGUGAUUAUGUGUUCAUGAGGUGGAAGGAGCAGUUUCUAGUUCCAGACCACACUAUCAAAGACAUUAGCGGCGCCUCCUUUGCUGGCUUCUAUUACAUCUGCUUCCAGAAGUCCACAGCCACUAUCGAGGGCUACUAUUACCACAGGAGCUCAGAAUGGUACCAGUCUCUAAACCUGAACCACGUUCGAGAGCACAGUAUGCCUAUUUAUGAAUUUCGGUGACCAACAUACACACGAGUAUUGAGUCAAGGAAGGGGGAUAGUCCAUACUGCCCUGUGGUUAAAUGGGACGGGAACGACAGAGAGCCCUUUAGUGCCAAGACUGGAGCUGACCGGUUUUCCUUGCUGCUGGGAAAUAAACAUGUGGUCAGACUCUUCUGGUGGAAAUAAAGGCAUGGAGAGAGAGAGAGAAAAGUUGAAAGGAAGUCAAAAGAUCAGUGACAGAUGGACAGCUGCUGUAGGACUGAUGUUUGCUUCGGAUUUAAUUUUUAAUUUAAUUGUUUUCUUUUUCUGUCUUAUUUUAAUUUCAAACCUGAUUCCUUGCACUCUCAUAGGAACUGUCUCCCUGUAGUUGGACAACAGCGAAGACACUAAACAUGCUGGCCUUUUAGUUAAGAGUUGCAAAAGAUAAAGGUAUAAAGUCGUGAGGAGUUUUGUCCAGUAAAGCUUAAUUUAUUUCUCUUAUUUUAACUCCAGAGUAUCUUUGCAGUAUCUCUCUGAUGGCCCGUAGUGAUUAAAGCAGAGUGUGACGGUGGAGUUAUUGCCAUAAGGUUGCAAGAAAAACGAUGAUGAGUAGUUGUCUACUUUUAUGCAAGGUCUGUAGGACUGUAAGUUAGGGUCUGUUGCUCAGGAAUGGUAUGUUUGGGCAGUGUGUAUUUAGAAACUGAGAACCAACAGUUGAAUGUGGUAGUUGGGUGAGUUAGGAUGACGGCGAUGUUGCCCUCCGAACGGGUCUUUAAAUAACAAUAACCAAUUAUUUCCAAACUGCUGCUGCUUUUUCUCAACGAAUAUUCUGCAAAUAGCUUCACAGAAAAUGUUCUCUAUGCAAGCCAAAGGUUACUAAUGGGUCGUCAGGAUGCACGAUAUGGAUUUUUUGUUGUUGUUGUUGUUGUUGUUUUUUAGCCGAUACAAUAACCAAUAAUUACCUGCUUUUCUCAUGGUCGAUACCAGUAAGACAACCGUUCAUUUUACAUUUUUGUAUUUUAAAAAGAAGUUCAUAAGCUGUAGUUUGUGCACACUUGAUGGUAAGAAAAGGUAAAGAUGGAUGAUUUAUUGUUUUCAUAGCUCUGACCAAACCAACACAACAACAGUUCUGACCCCUCCUGGUAAAGUACAUCCAAAAACUUCACAAACAUUGUAUCUACCAAUAAUUUAUCAGCUUUAAUUUAAUAAUCAGAAUAAUACCUAAUAUAAAUUUCCGAUUUUAAGCUGAUCAUUUAUCGGCCCAAUAAUUAUCGUGCAUCUCUUAAUAGGUAGGAUUUCUAACACCACCUAACUUAUUUCUCUUCCAGAGAGAUUUAUUUAUUUAUUUUUUAU